UAGCGGGUUUGGAGGGGGACCGUUCGCCCCGUGACACCAGUUGUGUUUCCCAUCGGUCUCGCUACAAGGCCAUCAGUGUCUCUGUCGUAGCGUUACACUGUUGACACUCCGAACUAUUUCAUGCCUUUAUUUUAAGCAACUUCAAAGACUUAGAGCUCUCUUCUAGUGCUGGAUAUUCUACGCUAGACCAUUCAAUACAAAAGGACUGUUUAAAUAGCGAUUUUAUGACAGCAUUUUGAUAAGGCAAGGCAACCUGUACAGAUCUGGUCAACCUCAUUGGCAAUGAUUUCUCCUAUUUGAAGAAAGAUCUCGCAAAGUUGUAGAAUGGAAUCUGACCUAUGAACCCAAGAAUCUGAAUGUAUUUCUGCUGGAUUACAUUAUUUCUCUAAACACUGGAAGUUUUAUUUUUUAAAUUUUAAAGAGACAUUAUUCACGUCUGCUUAUCAAUAGAGACACGAACUGCAGGAUUGAGGCUUUUUAUGAGUAGAACUGUUGAGGUUGAGGGAAUUACAAACUUUUAUUUUUACUGUGACCAAAAUUGAUCGAAAUACUCUAAUUUUAGUUCACUUUAUAACUGUGUUUGACUGACUUUUACAAUUUUGGAUGUUAUAUUUCAAAACUCUGCAUUGAAUAGUUAGGCCUAUACUUUAGUGCCACUGAAACGAAGAACAACAACUUUGGAUUAUCACUGGGAAAGACAACCGAAUAUUGGAUUGCAAUAGUAUCGUGCUUAAAGUCAGCAGUUUGUUGAACUUUCUGCCAGAGUCAAUCCCCUUGGAGGUUGUCAGUGUGUUGGACUUUCUGCCAGAGUCAAUCCCCUUGGAGGUUGUCAGUUUUGUGCAUCUUAUCAGUGUGUUGGACUGUGGCACUUGAAUGUAAAGUUGUAGCUAGACCCAGCUCUAUGUGGAUCAUAGUCGUCUCUGCCUUUCAGCUAGUCACAGUAUGUUUCUCAGUUACUACCCUUACGGGCAGCCCACAGCGUUAGUACCCCCUUCACCGGCAUCGCACCCUUCCCCUGCCGCACAGACCAUCCUCUCCGCUCCAAGCCACCUAGCCAGGUCUUUCACACCGCAGGACCUCUUCGUGCCGGUCACCGCUGCAGUGACCACGGGCCACCUUCCUCAACAUCCACAGUCGCUUCCGGCCAACCUCUCUGCGGUAACUCCAAUCGUCAUCUGUCGAAAGGUUCCUGUCAAAAGCGAAUUAAAGAGAGGAAGCGAAGAACUGAUGUCUCACGGUACCAUGGUGGCCAAUGGGCUCAGUCCCCACCAGUCUCCUUCAGAGAUAACAGACGCUAAAAAGGCUAAAUUAGAUGGUGCAGUUAUCCCACCUUCAAGAGUUGUACACAUCAGAAGUCUACCAGGUGAAGCUGGAGAGACAGAUAUAGUUCAGUUGGGGAUGUCCUUUGGAAAGAUGACCAAUGUCUUAGUUCUUAAACAAAAAAAUCAGGCAUUCUUAGAAUUUCAAGAUGAAUCAAGUGCUGUGGCAAUGGUGGCUUAUUUUCAAGCCAAUCCUGCUCAAGUCCGCCUUAAACCAGUAUUUGUCCAGUUUUCAAACCACAAAGAACUUAAGACUGAUGCUUCUCAUGCCUUUCAGAACCACAAUGCACAAGCUGCACUGCAAGCUGCACAUUCAGUCAUGGGCUCUGAUGAACAGUCAACUAUCCUGAGAGUUAUUGUUGACAAUGCUUUUUACCCAGUUUCUUUAGAGAUUUUACAUCAGUUAUUUAUUAAAUUUGGAAAAGUGUUGAAAAUUAUUACCUUCACAAAGAACAACACAUUCCAAGCCUUAAUUCAGAUGUCGGAUGCGAUAUCAGCAGCUGCUGCUAAGACGUCACUAGAUGGCCAGAAUAUCUAUAAUGGUUGUAACACACUCAAGAUAGACUACUCUAAACUUAGCAACCUGAAUGUAAAAUAUAAUAAUGACAAAAGUCGAGACUUCACACGGCCGGACUUACCUACGGGUGACCUAAACCUUGAUGCAAUGAGUCUUGGAGGUUCUUCUGGGGUUCUGAUGUCCCCAAUGCCUACCUACCAUCAUGGAUUAACUCCACCUCAGAUCACCACCAUUGGAGCCCUGCCUGCUCAGCAGACAGCAGUGGACUUUCAAGAAGUGAGAGAGGAGCCAACCAUAAUCUGGACCCAGGGUUUAGCUCCAGGCUAUGGCAUACCAGGUUUACCAAUGGGAGCAAUGAGUGCCAUGAAUGCAAUGGGUGCUUUUGGUAUCCCACAUACUGCCUUAGGGGCUGCCAGGAUAGGCUUACCUUUAACUGCUGCCAUGGGAAGCGCUGUCAUUCUUGUGUCUAACUUAGAUGAAGAGAUGGUUACACCAGACGCCCUUUUUACUCUUUUCGGGGUGUAUGGAGAUGUUCACCGUGUCAAAGUAUUGUUCAACAAAAAAGAUAAUGCGCUUAUCCAAAUGGCUGAUCCACAUCAAGCACAAUUAGCUAUAACAUACCUUGACAAAGCCAGGGUUUGGGGCAAACAGAUCCGUGUAGCUCAAUCAAAGCAUCAGCUAGUUCAGAUGCCUAAAGAAGGACAAUCAGAUGCUGGUCUUACCAAAGAUUACGUUAAUUCACCUCUUCACAGAUUCAAACGACCUGGUUCUAAAAACUGUCAAAACAUUUUUCCUCCAUCCCAAGUUCUGCAUUUAUCUAACAUUCCAGCUCAUGUGACUGAGGAUAACCUCACCACUUGGUUCAGUGAACAUGGAGCAGUCAAGGCCUUUAAAUUUUUUCCAAAAGAUAGAAAAAUGGCCUUGAUACAAAUGAACACUGUAGAAGAAGCUAUUCAUGCUCUCAUUGCUAUGCAUAAUUAUCAGAUGGGGGAGAGCUGUCAUUUACGAGUAUCCUUUUCAAAGUCUACCAUUUAACUGUUUUAAGCUGUUCACUAUGGGAUUAUAGAAAUGGACAAAACUUUUAGACAGCAUUAUUACUUAAACAAGCAUCAACUGGAUACAAUGGGACAAUAAACACAGGAGUACUUACUCGUCAGGACUAGCCCAGGGCUAAUGUCAUGGUCUACGUACCAUGCAGUGAUAAAGAAAAUAAAAAACUAGGAGUUUUAAAAAUUAAGAAAUGAAGCUGUAUCUAGUAAGCAAUGUCCAAUUAAGGAUACUAGUAAUUGGCUAUUGUUAAAAAGCAAACAAUUAUAAGCAUUUACUGUUAUUUUAAAUAAUGUUCUAAUUGCUUUUUAUUUACAUGAAAAAUUAAAUCAACUGAUAGUUCAGUGAAUGCCUGGCAGCUAUGGAUGACUAUUAUUAGAACAUAUGUUUUUACCAAAUAGAAUCACCUUAUUUUUUUAAAUUUCAAAAGACUAAAUAAAAUUUUAAUUAAUUAUUAAAAAACUAAGUUUUAAAAAUGUUUUACUGAUAAAAAAAUAUUAAUGUUUGAUUCUAAUAUAAAAAGUUGACAUUUAACUUUAUACAGUCCAUUAAUUGCAAGAUUUUUUAAUUAAAAAAAAACACAUUUAUCAUAAAGUUUAAAAAAUGUUGAAAUGUGUUUCUUUAUUUAUUAAGAGAAGAACAUAAAAUUUUAUUUGUAUGCAUUUAUUACAAUAACAAAAAAACAUAAAUUUGUUAGCUGGGAAUAACAAAUAUUUAUUUAAUAUUACAAAUGAUUCUUUACACUGCAUUAAUUUAUAGAAAUUUGAAUUUGUAAAUUUUACAACUUGAUUGAAAUAUUUUUAUUUUAUUUUACAUGGUAUAACUGUUACAUUUUUAUUCUUCAUUGUUAAAAUAAAUGCAUGCACUAGUUUCUGGUGGUAAUCAGAGUAUCAGAUAUUGAUUGUUCUGUAAUCUUAAAUAUAUGCAGUAUUUUUUAAAUAAACAGAAUUUGUUGAUUACCAAAGAAUAAAUUCAGAACUUCAUGUAAAUUAAGUGUCAUUUCUGUUUCUAAAUAUUUAACAAGACAAAUUUUUGUUUUAGAUUUUUCAAAUGUCAAACUUAAACUGUUAUCAAGCGCACAUCUGUUAUAAUCAUAGACAGAAUUAAUCUUUUUUGUAAUGAAUAAAAGUACUUAGUCUUACUGGGUUUGAUUUAUUAGUAUUUAUGUUUUAGAUAGCCUGGAAAAUGUGCUUAGGUACAGAACAUUUUAAUGUUUUUAAAAGGGUGUUAUUUAAAAGUGCCUUUAUUAAAAAAAAAAACCUUUUGAAAGUGAGUGCCUUUCUAUGGUACCAAGGUCAAGGUAGUAACUGAGGAUUACAAAACAUAUAGAAAUUUAAUUUAUUAGCUUUCCAAGAAACAUUCCUGGUUCAAACAGUAGAGAUUUAUAUAUUUUCAUUUAUGAGUUGAAAAUUUUUUUUUCAUCAGAUUCAAAACCAAAAUAGUUUUGUACACUUGAUAUAUUUUAACCUUAAUAUAUAUAUACAUAUAAGUAUUAGUAUAUGUCUGUAUGUAUAUAUACCAACUUUAAAAAAUCUAAAUGUGGGACAAAUAUUUUCAAUUGGUGCACUGAUCUAUUUGAUCCCUUUUCAUCGGAGAGACUUUUAUAUUUAUGCAAAUGAAGUUGAAAAAAACCCAACUAAUAUGAUGCAAAUAUUCAAACUCAGGCCAAAUGAAGCCCGUAGGCCAUUAAGAAAUUCAACUUUUUUUACUAUGUAAUGAGCGGGUCAUUAAUUCAACUUUAGUUGACUUUAAAGGUCAAGGUUGUUCAAAGUUUGGGUUUCAUUGUCUUAUUUUAAACAGUGAUGCGAAUGUUGAAAGAUACACAUUUUAUGAGACAGCUUUUUGCAAAUUGUGUAAGCUCUUGGACAUAUGAAUGACUUAUACAAUUUACAUAAUUCCUUUUCAUGACAAACUUAAUAUGAUAUUUGUUUUAAAAAGCAUAAUUAAAAUUUUUUUUAUUUUUUAUUUAUACAUGUUUGAAAUGACUUGUGAUAUAUAUUUUUUUUUUAUAGAUUAAAUGGUGUUUUUUUUAAACAUUUCUUAAGGAAGAAAACAAAGAACUACAUUCACAUUGAAACAUGUUUGCUAAUACUUGAGUCCUUUUGUCACAAUAUUUAUGCUAAAAUAUGCAAGAAACUGAAAUCCAUUCUAUAAACAAAAGGACUUUUUGUGUUAAAAUUUGAAAUUAUGUAAAUGGAUAUUUAGUACCUAGUUUUGCGAGAAGUAAUGAAAACAAUGAUAAAGAAAAUCUUAGACGGACAUUUAAACAGAUUACUAUGAGUAUUAAAAUAGUUGUCUUAGUUUAAUUAAUUAUCAUUUGUUUCAUUGCAUUAUCUAUACUUCUUGUUCAAGAUUUUAAUGUCAUAACCUGAAAAACUAUAUAUAAAUUUAUCUUUCACAUAAUAUAUACAACGUGUAUGCAUUUUACCUACAGCUUCGAUUGAUUUUUCUCUUUAUUCAUACCUUUAUAUAGCCUUUAGUAUUUUGUACAUAUUUCAUGAAUGUUUGAAUUCUUUUAUUUCAGUUCACUUCUUUUAAAUUCUUUAAAACAAACUUUUAGUGUUUGUAGAACAUUGCUUUUAUUAGUUGAAGUAAAAUAUAAAAAAAUAUUUAAAAUGCAGUAGUAAACUAUAUAUAUAUAUAAACUAUAUAUAUAUAUAGUCAAUAUUGCUGUGAACAUGUUUAUUUUUAUGUGGAAAUUGAAGCGAAACAGGGUUUUGUUAUCUUGCUUGUUUAUAUAAAAAUGUUUUAUAUAUAUUUGGUAUAUUCAGUUUCACUUGAUUAUUCUUUUUUUUUGUGCAAACUAUUAUAUAGCUAUUAUCUUAUGAUACAGUUACAUUUAAUAAAUUUGUAGAUGGCUGCAUUAGAAUUAUUUUUUAUCUCAUUAGCAUAGCACCCCGAACCCAGAUAUUUAUCUUGAAUUUUCAUUUGCUUUUUUUUGUUCUCAAAGUAAAAUCUUCAAUUUCUCAUUCUGAAUGUCAAAUAAAAUGAUCACGCAAAAACAUUACCAUUUCAUUUUAGAGAUAAACUAUAAAGAUAUUUGUGUUUUAAGUCCAUUAAGUUAGUCCUACAAGGACUUUGAUCCUGCAAGGACUGCCAGUAUAAACAAUGUGCAAUUCAAAUGCUUGUUUUUUUAAUUUGCUUUUUUUUUAGUGAUAAUGUCAGAUGCUAAACCAUACAUUGAUUCACAGUUUUUUUUCUGAAAACCAGACAUAUGUUGGAAUAAAACAUGUGUAAUAAACCAGUUAUGAAAUGUUUAUAUUUGAAAUUCAAACUUAAUGUGAAACUAAAAGUAUAAAUCUUUAUUUUAUACAUGAAAGAAUUGGACACAAUUUUAAAAGAAGAGCUAGAAAAAUUUCUUCCAAAUUAAUAGAACAAUGACCAUAGAAAGGAAAAUGUUUAGAAAAAUGAAUUGCCAAAUUUAGUUUUUUAAUAUGGAUAAGUAUUAUAAAACCACAUUUUAAUGUUUUUGUGUUUUUUUUUUAAAUAUUCCAUUUUGAUCUCAUUUUAAUAAAGAGUAUUUGUAUAAGUAUUUUGUAAAAAGAACUUCCAAAACAAGACUAAAAUACCAAUACUAUAUAUUUGUAUUAAGAAACAUAAUACUACAUAUUUGUAUUAAGAAACAUAAGUUCUAGCUGUAAUUCAUUUACAAUUCUUAAUAUUUUUUUGAUUGAAAGAUACUUUUGUUUAAAAUUGAUGUUUUAUUUUCAAUAUCUGUAUAAAAAUGAAAUAUCAAUGUGCCUAUUGCCAAUUUAUUUGUGCUGCAUUUUAUAAGAUUAACAGCAUUUUAUUAUAUAAGAUAAUCUGAUAAAUAUCAAUGACAAAACAUUUUAUGUAUAAAAUUUUAUACUUAUACAUUUAAUAUAUAUAUAUAUAUAAAUAUAUUUUAUAUUAUUAUUAUUAAUAUUAAAUGUGUUUACUGUAUUUGAAUAGUUUAAAAUAAUGCAUUUUCCCUUAUAUUUUGUUGGGAAGAGUAAAGACUCAGUAAGUACCGGUAGUUAAAAAAAACAACAAACAAUUGAUGAAUACAAUUAGAAACACAUAGUCUUUACAAUUCACGACAGCAUUUACAUUUUAUACCCAGUGUUACAAGUUACAUAUAUUUAUUUUUCUACAUCUAUAACACUUCAAAUUAAGAGAAUAUUUUGUGUGUGUGUAUGUGUAUGAGAACUUAUAAUGAGAAAGAAAGCCAAAUAAGUUGUUUUUUUUUACUGUGAAAAUUUUUUCUGAUAUUAAAGGUUCAGAUUAUAAUGUGAAAUUUACCACACACAAAAAGAGUAUGUUUUUGCUAAUUAAUAUAAAUGCUUGAAAAUAUUUUUAUUAGAAAAAAUAUAAUGGCUAGAACGUUUGGAUUUUCUGUUUAUUUUAAAUAACAUUUUUUCUGAUUUGUACUUAUUUCCUUUGCACUAUAUAACUGUUUCAUUUCCUAAUUGUAUAUCCAAUGCUGCACAUAUUUAGUGUUCUUCUAUAUUUUUCAUAUAUUUCUCUUAAAAUGUAAAACCCUUUUAGCAUUUUUAGUUUUUAAAUAUCUUUUUCAUCUUAUUUUUCUUUGGUUCGAAAAUCUAUUUUAUUUGUAAACAUCAUUGUUUUUUUUUUUUUUUUUUUUUUUUAGAGAACCUCUGGGCUGAUGGAAUAUAUUUCUGAUUCAUUUUUAUCCUAAGAAUAAAAAAAAAUAAUUUUAGUACAUAAAUAAAUAAAGUUUAAAAAAAAAUUAUUUUUUUGACAUUCUAAACAGCUGUUAUCAACCUGUUUUGCUAAUUUUGGGAUAAAUAAAAUUUUUAGGAUUUUGUUUUCUAGAAAAUUAAAACAGAAAUUGUAGUUCCACAUUUUUAACUUUCCUAGUACACUUGAUGGGGAAAGGAGGAGGGAAUCUUCUUUUAAAUUCAGUUUUGUUUGUGUCAACUCUCUGUAGACCUUGACCUUGUAUAGUAACUAACCUUCAACUAUCUACCUACACUAUUUGCUUUGUAUUGCUUCAUUGAUGGUUAGGGCAAAAUAAAACCCUGGAAGUAAA